GCAUAAUUUUAUAAUUACGAAAAUAUAUUUCCCUACUAUGCCAAAGGCAAAUAAUACGAAUUCGAAUAGUCAAAAUAAGAACGGAGAAGGAAGUCGCGAACAGAUGGACACGGACGAGCCGCUAGAAGCGACCUUCGUGGCCACAAGCCCACACCACAUUGAUGGGGUCGCACUCUGUGCAAGCGUCACGAUGGACACCAGCUUGAUGGCCGUGGCCAAGGCCGAUUUCUCGAUCCACGUCUUUGCGCUAAAGCUGCAUGUGAUCGGCACAGAGGCGGACUUGACCAAAGGAGAGACAUUCACACUCAGUGGUCACAGAUGCAGAGUCUACACUGGACAGUUUUCGCCCGAUGGCGGACACCUACUAACAUGCUCGGAAGACUUUGAAAUGCGUUUGUGGAGCAUGCAGUCCAAGGGCUGUGCGAGCAUCUGUGUCCAAUCUAUGGGCUUCGUUCGUGGCAUCGCAUUUGUUGCCUCAAACACCUCACUGAUUGCCACUGUCGGCGAAGCUGGCUAUGCAUGCUUUUGGAAGGCGGACGGGCCGUGGGUACUUUGCGAGCAAUGGAUUUUCCAGGAAUCGGAACUGACCGCCUGCACAUUAUUUCUGGCUCGGCUUCAUGCAGGAUCCGCAUAUGGAAUACCACUACAAACAAAAUGUCUGUAACCUGCCCUCUGGGCUCCGAUACGCCGAUCACUGCCCUGGCCAUCUCUCCGUGCAGUUUCAUCCUGGUUGCAGGCACCCAGGACGGUCUUAUCUAUGUCUGGAACAUACUCCUUAAUGAUAAGCUGCUCCGCCUUACCCAACACAAGGAAGCCAUUUCCUCGAUUGACUUCGCCCCGGGCAACAGACGUUUCGCGGUGGGCGGCAAGGACACACAGGUGAGUGUCUGGAACGUUGAGCCGUUCGGAAGCAACCGCAUCUUACCGGCUCGCCAGCUACUACUGGGAUCGCGUAGCAGCGGGUGUGGAAAAGUACUGCAAGUUCGCUUCGUCAGCGACAGUCAGGUGCGAGCCAUCUGCCUGGAACCAUCAGAUGUGGACACAAAGGCUUAACG